ACCGUUAUGUCUGCUGUAGUGCAUAUACUAUCUGGAUGACCACACAAUCGGACAAUAAGUAGAACAGUCAUCUCUAUGUCUAAAAGUCUUUGUAGAUUCUUUACAAUUCAGUGCUUGACGAAGAUCGCUUUUCGUUUGGACUCACAUAGAGUAUUUUCAGUGAUGGCAGGUCAAGGAGCAGAAGGCUGGGAUGAGAAAGAGCCAGGUCGGCAGUGGGGUCACCAGUCUGGAGGUCGUCACAGUGGUAAUCAUGUCAACAGGGGUCGCAGGAACUACCACAGGGGUCGGAAUAGGGAAGAUGAAAGAGACAAAAAAGUAAACCGAUGGGGCCCAUCAGAGGGUGAUGACUCUUACAGAUCGCGAGGGUCUGCGAGGGGUCAUGGGGGUCGAGGAAGAGGGGGCAGACCCCCAGGGUUAAAGGGCAAGGACAUAGGCAUGUACUACGCACAGUUGUCAAAACAGAAAACUGAACAAAGGAUAAAAGACCAGAGAGCAGCUGUGACCUUGCAAGGGGAUCAGAAGAGGGUCAUAACCAGUCUACUCCAUGAUAUCCAGGCAAGCAGAGAAUGUCCUCCCCAGCCUGAUAGAUACACAGAGGAACGUGAUGAUGGCAGAAAUAGCAGAUUGAGCCCAGCUGAAGAGGAAAACUAUGACGGACUUCAAGGUUCAGCAAGCUGUGAUGUGGGACAUGGGAGGGGGAACAGGCCACCUGGUUUAAGUGGCAAACAGAUAGGCAUGUACUAUGUUGGAGAGUCCAAGGAGAAAGCUGAGCGAAGAAUGGCAGAUCAGUCAAACAGAUAUAGUGAGGAAAGUGAAGAUGACGAUAGCUUGGAGGAAUAUGAAGAAGAGGUUGAAAGUGAGGGGCCCAGUUCUGGAAGUGCAACAAAUGUGAGUCAUGAAGAUCCAACGGUGACAGAAGUUCUCCAAAUGCAGAUGGGGGAAGACUUGCUUGUAUCGGAUAACAGUGAUAUUGCUGGAUUUCAAACUGCCACCACAUCCUGGGACAAUGCAAGGAUAUCUGCUGACUUUGCUGCCAAACAGACGACCACACUUUACCAGGACAUGCAGGAAUUCAGAAACAAACUGCCUGCCUACACUGACAGAGAAGCCAUUGUUGAUCUGAUAAGCUCCAACAAGGUGGUAGUAUUGAGUGGUGAAACAGGCUGUGGAAAAACAACACAGGUCCCACAGUUUAUUUUGGAUGAAUUCAUAUCUCAGAACAGAGGGGCUGAAUGCCACAUCAUCUGUACCCAACCCAGGAGAAUUAGUGCAAUAUCUGUUGCAGAAAGGGUUGCCGCAGAAAGGGGAGAGAAAUGUGGGGAGUCAGUGGGCUACAUGAUUCGUCUGGAACACAAGCUUCCGAGAGAUGCUGGCUCUAUUCUCUUUUGUACGACUGGAAUCUUGUUGAAAAUGCUGGAAGGGGACAAGUCGUUAUCACGAGCCACGCACAUUAUCCUGGAUGAGAUUCAUGAACGUGACCUGCUGUCUGACUUUCUGAUCAUCGUACUCAAGGACAUUCUGACCUCCAGACCUGACCUGAAACUCGUGUUGAUGAGUGCAACACUCAACGCUGAGGCCUUCUCCAAGUAUUUUGAUAAUUGCCCUAUGAUAAACAUUCCUGGCUACACGUUUCCUGUUGAAGAGUUUCUACUGGAGGAUGUUAUAGAAAUGCUUCACUAUGAGGCCCCGUACACAAUGCAGGCACGGCAGCCGAGACGCAGGGACUUGAUCGCUCAACGAGAGAUGGAGGAGAGAGAGGUGUGGCUACGUAACCUCGAAGGAGGGGUCAACACUGACAAAAGAUAUUCGAGACAUACCAUAAACCAGCUACAGAGUCUGGACUUCAAUAAAGUGGACACUGAGCUCAUAUACCAGCUGAUAUGGCACAUAUCUUUACACAAGAAGGAGGGGGCCAUACUGGUGUUUGUUCCAGGAUGGGGUGAUAUCAAUGAUGUGUAUAAGAAACUCAUGGCAAACAUGGCAUUUAAGUCUGCAUCCCACUUCAGAAUUUUCCCCUUACAUUCUCUGAUGCCUACCAUCAACCAGAGGGAGGUGUUUGAGAGGCCCCCACCAGGAGUUAGGAAGAUUGUCAUAGCAACCAAUAUUGCCGAAACCAGUAUAACCAUAGAUGAUGUUGUGUACGUGAUUGAUGGGGGUCGUAUCAAGGUUAAAGGGUUCUCACCUGAUACCAACAUGGCCUCUCUGGAUUCACAACUAGUAUCAAAAGCCAAUGCCAGACAACGCAGGGGUAGAGCGGGACGAGUACAGCCUGGUGAAUGCUACCACCUGUACAGUGGCUACCAGGCCUCUAUCAUGGACAACUACCUGGCCCCAGAGAUACUGAGAACUAGACUGGAGGAGCUCUGCCUCACUAUCAAGCUGUUAAACUUGGGGAAGAUUGUGCCUUUUGUCCAGAAGGCGAUGCAGCCUCCAUCACUAGCUGCUGUGGAGAGUGCCAUAGUCAACUUGCAAGAUCUGAAUGCACUUGACAAGGAGGAGAAUCUCCUGCCCCUUGGGAAGCACCUGGCCCGCAUGCCCCUUGACCCCCACACGGGCAAGAUGAUCCUAUACGGGGCCAUGUUUAAGUGCCUCGACCCCAUACUGACCAUCGCAGCUAGCCUCAACUUCAAGGACCCCUUCUUUGCACCUUUGGAGAAAAAAGCUGAGGCUGACCAGGCUAGAAUGAAGCUGGCAGAGAACUGUCUGAGUGACCAUAUCACACUUGUGAAAGCCUACAAUAAAUGGGAGCGGUGUCGUAAGCGAGGGACCCAUCGCCAGUUCUGCUAUGACAACUUCCUGUCUGACUCCACACUUGUGAUGCUGAGGAAGAUGAGAGACCAGUUAGCAGAGGUCCUUCAUGAACUGGGAUUCCUCCGGGAGAGACAUAUAAACCAGUCAGAGGCCAAUGUCAACUCCGGGAAUGAGUCCCUGGUGAAGGCAAUCGUAUGUGCUGGGCUUUACCCAAAUAUUGGAAUGAUUGGGAAACUACCAAAGAACAAAUGGAGUCAGAUCCAGUUUCAGCUGAGAUCAGGGCGGUGCAAGCUGUUCCCAGGGUCUGUUGCCAGGGAGAUCAGAGACCCUCGGGCCUGCUGGGUGGUCUACCAUAAGAUCAUGAAGACCUCAGAUGUCUGGAUGUAUGACUGCAGUGUGGUGACACCAUACAGCCUGUUGUUCUUUGGAGGAGACAUCAAGAAAAUGAAUGCAAGUACCUGA